AUGUACGAGCAGCUCGUGGCAGCGACAACGAUCGAGGGUAUCCGGUUCGACUACUUAGAGAGAAUCGGAGCAUACGACUUCAAGGAGCUGUUCAGGUUCGAGAAACCUCACUUCCUGGAGCUGUUGAACGCACUCCAGCUACCGGAUACGUUCAAAGUGUCGCGGUGA